AUGGCCUUCAGCUUGAGCCUGUCCGACUUGGAGGAGACGUCAAACUCUUUGGCCGAGAACGAGCGCGAUCGCCCGAACGCCGCGGACACCUGUGCGUGCGCGACCACGGCCGAGCUCAGCAAAGCCGUGUCCGUGUCCCUCAGUUUGGACUCGGCGUCUUCCCCGCUCAACGCCAUGCACCCGUGCGCCGCCGGCGCCUUCGCAGACUUCGACCCCCACCCCGGCGCCGCCGCCGCCGCCGCCGCCGCGGAGAGCCGCUCCCGGAGAGCGCCGGAGUUCGGGGCGGCCCGAGCGACGCACCCAGAAGCCGCCCGCUUCGCGCUGAGCGGCGCCGACCCGAGGGGGGGAGGCGACGAGGACGACGAAUUCGGAGAAGUGUGCCACGGCAUUCAGCAGGUGAGCUGCAUGGAUCUGCUGCGCUCGAGCGACGCGGAGGGCGCGCGAGGCGAGGCGCGCGACUCGGUGAUCGCCAGAUACGUCUACAGGGAAUCCAACUUGUUCAUGAGCCCCGCGACCGAGCUGCCGGCGGCCUCUCAGCUGGACGGGCUCUUCCCCCUGAGACCGUUCUCCGCGUACUCGGCCGGCCCGAACCUGUUCAGGGACGCGCCGGGUGUGUGGCGCGCGUACAGCGGCCGAUCGGAGCCGGAGAGAGCGGCAUCCGGCGGACACGAGUUGUUGUGUAAAUACUGUAACUGUGGACAAGGCUCUCUAGGAUCGAGACCGCCAUGCCGCUGUAUCUGGUUCAACAAAGACCAGCAGGGCGGCAAAGGCGGCAUGCAAGCGGCCGUGGCUCAAGGGUACGGCCCGCUGGAAAGUUACCAAAGUGCGGCUCCUCAGGAGCAGCUCGCCCUGUCCGCCAUCAAGACCGAACCUUCGGUUUGGAUGGACUGCUCCGAUCGCAGUUUCAGAAAUGAGGAUUUGUUUCCAGGUGUGUACCUGUCGGACAGGAGAGUGUGUCAGGUGUGCGGUGAUGAUGCCUCCGGCUGUCAUUACGGAGCUGUCACUUGCGGGAGCUGCAAAGUGUUCUUCAAAAGGGCCGCAGCAGGUAAGCAGAACCACCUGUGCGCCAGCCGGAACGACUGCACCAUCGACAAGCUGAGGAGGAAGAACUGCGCCUCGUGCCGCCUGAAGAGAUGCUUCAUGUCGGGAAUGAGCCUUAAAGGUCGCAGGCUGAAGGGAAACGGACAGACGAGGAGCGCGGAGGAGGAGCAGCAGCAGCAGCAGCAGCAGCAGCAGCAGCAGCAAGGGUCUGGCGAAAGGGCCGGGAAGAGGGACGUCAUGGAACCAGGAAGCGCAGCUGUCAUGGCUCAGACAUCUCAGGCCCUGGCUCUGGGCAUCCCCCCGACCCUGCGCUCGUGCCUCUCCCUGCUCAGCGUCCUGCAGGCCAUCGAGCCGGCCGUAGUCAACGCGGGACACGACCACGCGCAGCCGGACAGCCCCGUGUCCUUGCUCACCAGCCUCAACGAGCUGGGGGAGAGACAGCUGGUAACGGUGGUGCGUUGGGCCAAGGCGAUACCAGGUUUCCGUGACAUGCACGUAGACGACCAGAUGUCAGUGAUUCAGUUGUCGUGGAUGGGGGUGAUGGUGUUCGCUUUGGGCUGGAGGUCAUACACUCUCACUAACAGCUCCCUGCUCUACUUCGCCCCAGACCUGGUUUUCAAUGACCAACGGAUGGAAGUUUCCAGUAUGUAUGAACACUGUGUGAGGAUGAAGCUGCUCUCCCAAAGGUUCUGCAUGCUGAAGGUCACUCAGGAGGAGUUCCUCUGCAUGAAGGCCCUGGUCCUCUUCAGCAUCAUGCCAGUGGAGGGCCUGAAGAACCAGCGUUGUUUUGAUGAACUGCGGACCUCCUACAUCAAGGAGCUGGACCGCUUGGCCAGCCACUGCGGAGAGACCACCCGCACGCAGCGACUGUUUCAGCUCACACAGCUGCUGGACUCCCUCCAGUCGAUUGUGAGGAAGUUGCACCAGUUCACUUAUGAUCUGUUCCUGCAAGCUCAGUCCCUCCAGACGCGGGUCAACUUCCCAGAGAUGAUCUCCGAGAUUGUCAGCGUCCACGUGCCCAAGAUCCUCUCCGGCAUGGUCAAGCCCAUCCUUUUCCACGAUACGGCCUGA